AACACAAAAGAUGAUAGGACAAAUGAGAAUCACUCUCUAACACUAAGAUCAGGAAUCACUCCUCUCAUUAUUCUUUCUUGUUUCAAAUACAGAAUAAUCUACCCUACAUUGAAAAAUAAACUAGAUUAAAUAGGACUAGGUUGGAGAAGAUUGUUGCAUGUUCUUGGCCUUCACUCGUGCCUUUAUCAAUGCUGAUGGAUUCAAGCCUCUACUCAUAACUGUUCCACAAUUCAUGCUGCCUGCCCAAGUCUAGCCUUUAGUGAUUCCCAUAUCAAUGAUAUCAUAACUAUGUUCACAUUGCAGUCUUUAAUGCCAUUAAGAUUUGUAGCUGAAGUUGACCUUUGCUUCUUCAUGGUCCUUCAUCAACGUUAUGGGCCCAGGCCUUAAUGGUUAGAACAUCAAAGUGGUUAAUGAUGGGAUUACUUGUAUGGAUUCUUUUCUUCUCAUGGCUACUAUUGCAUCAAAGUCGGCGAAAAAGUAUUGAUUAUGGUUUAUUUUUGGCAACUACAGUUUUCAAUGGUAUGUUAUAUAUGUUAUUAGUUUUUUGCCUCAUCAUCAUCAACUUAAUUUGUCUGAGUCAGACUCUCUCUGGCUAUAAAUCUGGCAGGCCCUGCUCCCCUUUGGAUCUCCCUCUUGCUUAGCCACCUUGUCUUGGAUCUUGGAGACUGAAAAUAUUUCUUAAUUAUUGGCAUUGCAUGUGAAGUAGUAUGGCAACAUAUAUAAGUGACAGAGUCACAGUUGUGUUUGGCACAUUCUAGUAUUGGUGUGUAUAGUCCCCUAAUUCCUUUCCCCUCUCCUCCAGUACCCCUAUAAGUUUUCUGGCACAGGAUUAAAAUUAAGGAAAUGGGUGAGGAAGUGAAGGUGCAGGUGGAAGAAGGUGUGAAGACAGAGGAGAAGAGAACAGAGGAGGAGAGUAAGAGUCAAGGUGCAGCUGCGCCUCCAUCUCCAUGCCCCUCGCCCUUUGUGCUGUUUGUGGACUUGCAUUGUGUUGGUUGUGCCAAGAAGAUCGAGAGGUCCAUCAUCAACAUCAGAGGUGUGGAGGGGGUGGUGGUAGACAUGGCUCAAAACCAAGUAACAAUAAAGGGAAUAGUGGAGCCUCAAGCCAUCUGUGCUAAAAUUAUGAAGAAAAUCAAGAGAAGAGCCAAAGUCUUGUCUCCAUUGCCUGCAGCAGAGGGUGAACCCCUGCCUCAACUUGUCGCUUCACAGGUUUGUGAGCCAACAACCGUGGAGCUUGACGUAAACAUGCAUUGUGAGGCCUGUUCUCAGCAGCUCAAGACAAAGAUACUCAAAAUGAGAGGAGUUCAAACAGUAGCAACAGAGCUGAGCAGUGGCAGAGUGACAGUAACUGGGACAAUGGACGCAAACAAGCUUGUGGAUUACGUUUACAGAAGAACCAAAAAGCAGGCAAAGAUCCUCCCACAACCAGAAGAUCAGGAGAAGCCACCAGCAGCAGCAGCAUCAGCACCAGCACCAGAAGAAAAAGAAGAAGAGAAAAAGGAAGAAAAUAAUGAUGAAGAGAAGAAGGAAGAGCAGGGGAAACCACCUGAACAAAAAGAAGAAAAAGAAACAAAUAUGAAAGAACAAGGUCCUGAAGGAGAGCAGAACAACAACAACAACAUAAUACAAAUAGAAGCUAACAAGCAGUUGCAGGAAGAAUUGGUUGAUAAUCUCAGCUUUCAUGAGGAGGAAAAUAAUAAUACCAAGAGAUCAGCAUCAAUGAUGUACGGUUACUAUAAUUACCAAGUGAUGGAGCGAAUCCCUCCUCCUCCUCAACUCUUCAGCGAUGAGAAUCCCAAUGCAUGUUGCAUUUCCUAGCUAA